AUGCCAUCGGUUGAACGUGACGCGCCGGACCCCCGGUAUCUAAGACACUCACAUUCGUCCUCGAUCGGUGCUCUGAUCCCAAUGUGGGACAGCGCUGACCCGGAGCGGGCGCCUCCUCCUUUGCCAUUGAACCCGCAGUCGCCCAGCGUAGGCCCCUCACGCGCCGGCACGUCGCUGGCCAUCCAGUCGGCACAUGCAGCUCUGACCGAGAAGGCGCGGGAGACGGCCCUCGUCCCAACCCUCACGAAACGAGCCACGACCGACAUAUCCCCUGAGCGGGCUUUGGUGCAACGGCCCAGUCCACACAAGCGCAUGCAGUCAAUGCAGCCGGGAAGCGUGCGCGACCUGAGCCUCUUCCUCGAAGGCUCCCGAGACUCGGCAAACUCAACACCCCGAGCAUCGCCCGAAAAGGAGAGGUAUACCAGGCCAUCGACGCCGAGUCGCGCCUGGGACCACGACAGAGACAGAGACGCAAAGUCCACUGAGAAGGAGAACACCGCUCCCGGCACACCUACACCAUUGUCUUCCAGCCUCGGCUCCUCUGUGCGACCUUCAAUGCGGAGGCCACAGCACAGUAUUCUAGGCGAGAACACGCCACCACAAUCUGCUACAAUGCUAGCUCUAAACAAUAUGCCUGCGUCGUCGGUGCCACGCGGGCCUGAAGCACCCCUAGCCAAUGUCACCAACAACUCGACGGCCCUGAACUCAUCAGCCCUGGUGAGGUCGCCUGCUGCUCAAGAUCAACUGUCUGAGCAGUUGUUGACCCUGACAAAUAUUUGCGCUGCCGUACAAAAGGAGAUGUCGCAACUCAGCCGGAGGAGUCGUGACAAUGCGACUGACCUGAUGAGUCUCAAAGAGGCUACACACGCCCGAGAUGAAGACAUCCGCAAAAGCCUGCGAGAGCUUGCUCUGGGCGUAGAUGGCCCCAGACACCACCGCGAUACUUACACAGGCGGUCUAUACCUCGACAACAAAGCUUUCAAUAGCUCGACCAUCUCCAAGACUUCGGCUUCGAGGCCUUUCUCGCUACCACGAAUACCAUCGCCAACCAGCUUUGCUGCCUCAAUUGAUCGGGAGUCUUCCCUGAGCACCCCAUCGUUGAUAGGAGGGGACUCACCUGCUACGCUUGCCUUGCUGGAGAAGAUCAUCCGGGAUAUGGGAACCAAAGAUGGACAAGAGCUGGUUAUGGGCCGCCUGUCUGAACUGGCGGAUAGGCUGUCCGGCAUGGCUUCUGCUGUUAAGGUGGAGGAACUCAUCGGUCAUCUGAACGCAGCAAGAGAACAGCACGCGAUGGUAUCCGCGGCAGAUGGUGGCUCCAACCGGCCCCGGAACUUCAGCUUCGAUGACGACGACGAGCCCAGGAUGAGGGAAGUGGACUACAGUCGGCGCAACGGUGCCAUUUUGCUGCACGACCAAGACAGCCGUCUCUCUUCAGCCUCGCCGUUUCAAGCAAACGCCCUUGUCACCGAGGACAUCAUGAAGAUCAUCCGCUCCGUCAAAGACAGUGUAUCUCAAGGGGGUGGAAUGACCGCUGAGGUUAAGGCCCUUGUUCGUGAAUUGCGUGGUGAAGUCCUGGGUAUGGGCAGGGAGAUCGGCAGGAAACUUGACGAAUCCAAUGUGAUGAAGGGUCACAGUAAGAGUGAGACGAAAAGCAGAGAGGAUGUGGCGACAAUCGUCGAAGAGGGCCUGGAGCAGAUGAAGGUCUAUAUGUACCAACGUCUUCGCGAUGCCAGACGCGAAUCGACCGAAUCGACAAAAUCCGCGGUCGACUACCAGGACGUGUACAACGCCGUGAAAGCAGCUCUCACGGAUGCGGAAGCCAACAAGAGCGAAGAGCCCCAGAUCAGCCGCGACGAUGUCCUCCUGGCGAUCAAGGAGGCCUGGGAGAACUACAAACCCGACAUCCAGGUAGAGCAGCUUGGCCUGGAGCGUGACGAGGUCCUUGCGUGUCUCAAGGAAGGUUUGCAGGAAUACGCACCUCCCCAGGAUGCUCCCCAGGGUGCAACACGGGAAGAGGUCUUCGUGGCGGUCGUCGAGGGCCUGAAGCAUUUCACCCCUCCCAAGGUCGAUACCCCGGCCACUCUGUCCCGAGACGAAAUCCUCGAGGCCGUUCGUGAGUGUCUCGAAGAGUUCGAGUUUCCUCUUGCUCCGUCUGCUAUGGGCAAUGACCUCACACGCGAUGACAUGUUGGAUGCCGUCAAAGAGGGGCUUAACACAUUCGAAUUCCCUAGCCAGGAUGCUCCUCUGGUUCCCACGCGCGAUGACAUGUUGGACGCCGUCAGAGAGGGGCUUAACACAUUCGAAUUCCCCAGCAAUGAUGCUGCCCUGAUUCCCUCCGGCGGUGACAACUCCGAGCUCGUCGAAAGACUUCACGACAUCAUGCAGUACAUGCAGGACGAGUUCAAGGCUGUCUCCGAGGAAGCCAAGCAGAACGUUGCCGCCAACGGAAGAGACACCGAACAAGUCCUAGACGCGACCAAAGAUGGCUUCGAAACCCUACGGGUCCACAUGGAGGGAUACGUUGAAAGGGUUUCCGGCGCAUCGGGCCAGGAAGAGGUCAUGGCCAACAUCAUCAACAGUCUGGACAACUUCCGCGAUGAGGUCUCUGAACUCGUCGCAAAGGCCGCGGAUGGGUCCAAGGAUGUGUUGAAGGAAGAGAUCGAGACACUCAGGGAAACUAUGAACUCCUCAUUGGUUCCCCACGUGCCACCAGCCGUUGAUCACAAGGAAGCCCUGGAGGCCAUCCGUGAUGGUCUUGAGCGUGUACGGAGUGAACUCCUUCGCCCGCAUGCAGGAAUUACCGACAUCUUGGAUGCUCUCCACGACGGCUUCAUUGAAGUGCAGCACAGCAUCGAACGGAUGAACAACAAGCCCGUCGAUCUAACAGCUAACGACGAGAUCCUCGACGCCCUCAAGUCUGGCCUGGAUGGUGUCCGCACUGAUAUCGACUCGCUUCGAGAAACCAACCAGAACGACCGGGCGGUUGCGGCAGUCACUGAGACUCCUACAGAUGCCUUGAUCCCUACCGAUCUCGUCAAACAAGAUGACAUCAGAAAUCUCGAAGUGAUGAUGACUCAGCUGAGAAUUAAGAUGGAAGCCAUGGAGGCCGCCCAGCCUGCACCAGCGCCAGAGGGGAACCUGUCCAAGGACGACUUGGUUGAGAUGGAAGAGAUGCUUCGCAAGGGUGUGUCUAAAGACGACUUGAACGACAUGGAAGAGAUGCUUCGCAAGGGGGUGUCUAAAGACGACCUGAAUGGCAUGGAAGAACUGCUUCGAUACAUGCAACAAACAAUGGCAGCCAUGUCGGCGAGUAAAGAUCCUGAAGCGCCCAUCGAUCCCGACGCUGCUGCGACCAAGGAGGACAUCAUAGCCAUCGAGACAAUUCUCCGCAACACGAAGGGCCGUCUAGAUGAUCUCAUGGAUGGCGAACAAGCAGUACGGAAAGAUCACGUCGAUGCUGUCGAAGCUCUUGUGCUUGAGACCAAGGACUCACUGGGGUCUCUUGCAGGUCAACUUGAGACGAUGACUCGCAAAGAUGAUCUCCUCGCAAUCGAGUCACUGGUUACCCAGGCCACCCUGGCACUUGACGAGAUGAAAGAACGUGCUGAGAAAUCACUAGAAGACCCCGAAAAGGUUACCAAGACUGAUGUCGAUGCACUCGAGGCUUUGGUGUUGGAUGUCAAGACUGUCGUCGAGCAGAUGGUAAAGUCUGACAUCGCUGCUCUUCCUUCGAAAGAGGACAUCAAGAACCUGGAAGAUCUCGUCAAGGAGAUCAAAGACUACAACACGGCACAGACCGAAUCGAAUUCGCAAGCCUUGGAACUACGGAAUGCUGAGAACGCCACCGUCAGUGAGCGAGUAGCCGAAGUCAAGACUUUCUUGGAGGAGUUUCAGGACAUGGUCAAGGAGAGGCUCGAAGCUGGUGGCACUAACGUUGAAACCCUUGGAACGCUCCUCACCAGCGUCAGUGAGACUAUUGGUAACAAUGCCACUGUUGGUGACGACUUGAAGGAGAUGCUCGAGACGAUGAAAGUGGAGUUUGAAGAGUCCAGGGCUGGAGUGGUGGGUGCGAAGCUCGACACUGAUGAGAAGUUCAAAGAGACGACAGACUCUCUCGGCGCCAAGAUCGAUGAGAAGAUUGGUGAGCUGAUUACGAAAUAUGACGAAUUUGCACUUGUUAUGGAUGAUCGAACCAAAGCGGAAGAGGAAAAGGACCUUGCGAGGGAAGCUGCCAUGGGCGACACAAAAGCCGUCGCAGAAGAGUUGAAGGUCCUAGUUGAUACUCUCGGCUCGAGUGUCACCGACUCCCUCGAGAAGAUGGAGGAAGCCUCCAAGACUGUCUUCGAGAAGGUCGAAGUGCUGUACAGCAAAGCCGAAGACAACCACUCAGAUGACAGGAACGAGCACCAGGUGACUCGUGACCAAGUCAAAGACGCCAUCACAAAGGUCGAGGGUCUCCAAGGGCAUGUGUCUGAAUACCAGCCGCAAAUCCUUGAGUCAGUCAAAGAUGUGCUGUUGAUCGUUGGACAACACUAUGAGCACUCAAAAAGCUCUGCGUCCGAACUUCAACAGAGGAUCGAAGAUUCCAAACCACCUGAGAAGGAAGAGCCCCCACUGUUGCCGCCACCCGAGCCGUAUGACGACACCGAAGUGCACGCAAAACUCGACAAGAUUGAUAGCGAGGUUCACACGAAGCUAGACAAGCUGGUCGAUCAUACCCACGCUGCCGGAAAGGCCUACUCUCAACUCGACACCCUGGACAAGGUCCAUCAACAGGUCGUACAAACUGCCGCCGACAUAUCCGAAUUCCUGUCUUCCCAGAAGCAGCGCGUUGAGGAUGAUCACGAAGACCGCGAGAAGACACUCCAGGAGACUACUAUCGCGCUGGAGCGUCAAAAGGCCGAGCAAGAACAUGUCGAAGCCAACGUGGCCUAUCUCCGAGACGAGGAGGCUCAGCUCAGGGAAUCAGUCCUUGCUCUCCGAACCGAACAAGAGUUCUUGGCUCGCCAGAAGACGAGACUCACUGCCGAUCUCUCGUCGUUAGAGACUGCCCUGCAUCUACGCCGAGAAGAACUCCAUGCUAUGGACACUCGGGCCGAGGGCUUGGAGCGCAGGAUCCUCGAGGGCGUGCUGGACCACUCCCGGGCUCUUUUGAUGACUAAAUCUAGUGCUAAGGGCCGAGAUGCGAUGAGUCGCAAACGCGUUCCUGGUGCUAGAACCAGCCUCGGACCCGUUGAAGCCCCCAAUGCCGUUGUUAGGCAGACCUCGAAGCCCCGAUCCGCUGUCAACCUCGCAGUCAAUGGUAAUCGAGCCAGUCUGAUUCCGCCCAAUCCCGCCGGCGCCAGCCGAAGGAUCCUCAGUCUGAGCCAGAUCACGAACAAUAUGCCAACAGGCGGGCUCAAGCGGAGUCAGAGCGUUCGUACGGCUGCCGCACUCCGGAAGAGCAGUUGGGCCCCGGGCAGAGUCGGUGCUGGUAAAGGGUACGGCGACCUCGACAAGGAGAACGUCGACCUGGUUAGGGAAAGCGACGAAGAAGUUCGUGAUACACCCGAGCCCGAAGCUGAGACGCCUACACCGAUGGAGCACGAUGAUGUGCCGACGCCUGGGGACGAGACGCCCACACAACUCGAGACACCCACACCCCUCGACGAAGGUGACAACGCCACGGAACUCACAGCCGGCGGCACUGACGACUUAGAGAAGGAGGAAGAGGAAGAAGAGGAAUACGCUGCCGAAGAAAGCGACGCCGGCACCCUGCGGCGGUCCAGCCUCGGCACCACGGUCAUCACCAGCACCGAGACCGAGGGCGGCUACACGGACUACACGGGUGCCGACGAGGACGACGACGCCCAGAGCGAGUGGACCGAGAGCCACUUCGGCCCCGCCAGCUCGGGGUCGGGCUCGGGCUCGCGCGGGGAUGAUCAUAGCAUGAUCUCCGAGAGCCUGGCUGAUACGGAUAGUAUCGCUGGUGAGGGCGAGGUCGUUGUGUAUGCCGCCUAG